UUGAAAAAUAAUCAUAAAUCUUUAAAUGGAAGCAAGCAGCACUUUGGAACAAGAAGCUCAAGCUUUGAAGCAUCUCACUGAGAAGAGAAAUAGAGGAGCCCCCAAGACUAAGAUUACCUUCAGAAAGUUAGACAUUGGGGAUUUUGAUAGAGGAUAUUAUGAAUUGUUAGCGAAUCUGACAGUUACAGGAGAUGUAACCAGAGAAAGGUUUGAAGAGCAAUUUAAUUUCAUCAGCCCAGCCACUUCUCAUACUUAUAAGAUCAUUGUAGGCAUUGACGAUGAGAAGGAUAAGGUCGUCUGUAAUGGGACACUUAUUCUUGAGAAGAAAUUUGCUAGAAAUUGUGCCACCUGUGGUCAUAUUGAGGAUAUUGUCGUUCACCCUGAUUAUGGUAAACAAGGCAUAGGAGGAGAUUUACUCACUGCUCUCUCGGAAAUGGGCAAGAUCAACAAUUGUUAUAAACUCAUUCUUGAUUGUGCAGAAAAAUUAGAGCCUUUCUAUGGACGCCAAGGAUACAAGUACAAAGGAAUCCAGAUGGCAAAGAUAUAGUCUGCUAAUUGUACAAUUUUAAAAAUCACCAAUAUAUCUUAUCUUUCAACAUAAAUUUUAGAAUUUGG